AAAAAUUGUUUGAGCUUGCGCCUUGUAGCAGAGAGUUACAUUAGCUCCUAUCUUUCAUUCACAAAUCUGCCAAGCAGUUUGUUUUGGACAUACCUCUUAAAGCUAAUCACGUGUUCAAUCGAUUCCUUAAUGAUAUAUUCAUUUUCGCGCCAUCCCAAUCUCUCAGUCACUGCAGCGGGAAAGCAGACGCCACAAUGCUAGAAAUUCUUGCUCUCGUCAUCAAGGGAACUUAGUGAUAAAAUAGCAAUAUUGUUAUGAGGGAAAAUAAAGUUUUUUGAGGAUCAUCAAUAAAAACGUCCCUGUCCAUGCAAUGGUUGACUUCUGCAUAUAGUGUAUUUCGGACUUUCUAGAUCAUUGGGCAGAAGAAGAUUUCGAUAUGGACCAAGAAAACAACAAUGUCCCCAAACCAAAGUUAAUCGCCUUCGACCUUGACUAUACCCUGUGGCCUUUUUGGGUGGAUAGAAAAGUUAAUGUUGAACCUCCAUUCAACAGAACGAGAGACGGUAAAGUAUUUGACGCCUGCAGCCGAGAAGUAAAAGCAUUCCCAGACAUCGAUCACAUCCUACAUAAACUUCAUGAUGAGGGCUACAAACUCGCUGCAGCUUCUGAAGCAUUUAACAAAGAUGAGGUGAAGCGUCUUGUGAAUUUCUUUGGCUGGAAUGAAUUCUUUGACUACUUAGAAAUCUACCCUGGAUCCAAAAUCACACAUUUUUUGAAUAUUAAGAAAGACAGCGGUAUUGCUUUUCCAGACAUGAUGUUUUUUGAUGACGAGCGAGAUCAUCUCUCGGAGGUAGCUCACACCUGUUUAGGUCUUACAUGCAUUUGGGCAAAUCGAGGGGUCUCCGAAGAGAUUUUGGAGGAAGCUUUUCGCGCAUAUGCCAAUAACCAUACAAACCAGGUGUCAGUGGGUCUUCCGAACGGAAACAACAACAACAACAACAGCGGAACCGGAACCAACACCAGUAAUAGUACCUUGUCUCUGAACAGCGAGGAUUCCGAUGAAUCCCAAACAGAAACGACAGUUAUAUAUGUGCAUCGUCGCCGGGGCUCGCGCGCUUCUAUCACCUAUGACGUACCGCCAGUGAUUGACAGAUCGAUACGCCUACGUGGACGGCGCAUGUCUGCGCCUGCGCUAAGUAUUCCACAGUCCUUGCAAGACAAGAAACUGAUUUCGUGCCCUGAAAUCGUAGAAAAUUAGUUUGUGGGAUGGAAGAAGUGCUUGAAGUGCUAUAAUCUGUUUUCCUGGUGUGAAAAUAGUUGAGUAAUUAGGAUAAAAAAGCUCCUUGAGAAACCAAAGAAAAAAUAGUUGUUAUACAGGAAUCUGUGUUAUGAUUUAAGUAAAUCAUUUUGUAAAUUAAGAAAAUGCUGUACUCAUUUGCGUUUAUGAUAGGAAUUAGUGAAAUUUUUACGUCCUUUUAACCAAAAUGUUUAGAUCAUACACAUUCUACGAGAGUCCACAUCAAUGAGAGCCAAGUUAUAUGCGAUUUUCAUCCAAUAUUGAACUUUUUUCUGUAUAUUUUGAACGACGCGGUUUCUCUUGACAAAACUGUCUAUUUUGUUCAUGAUAUUUAUAUAAUUGUCAUUUAUGAUUAGAAAUGUUUAUCAUAGUGAAACUUACUACUCAUAGAGAAACGUUCUUGUGAAAUAAAAUAUGAAAUGCCC